CAUUCUGCUUCUGCCGUCACUCUGUCGUAGCAAGCAGCUUCGAAAGCCCAUACCAGCCCUCGUGCAGUACUCUCGGACUAACUCCAGCCCUCAACAAACAUGUGUGACGACGAGGUUGCCGCUCUGGUCGUGGACAAUGGCUCCGGCAUGUGCAAGGCCGGCUUUGCCGGAGACGAUGCCCCCAGGGCUGUCUUCCCCUCUAUUGUGGGACGACCCCGUCACCAGGGUGUCAUGGUUGGUAUGGGUCAGAAAGACAGCUACGUCGGAGAUGAGGCCCAAAGCAAACGUGGUAUCCUGACCCUGAAGUACCCCAUUGAACACGGUAUUGUCACCAACUGGGACGACAUGGAGAAGAUCUGGCACCACACCUUCUACAACGAGCUGCGUGUUGCCCCCGAGGAGCACCCCGUCCUCCUGACCGAGGCCCCCCUCAACCCCAAGGCUAACCGUGAGAAGAUGACCCAGAUCAUGUUCGAGACCUUCAACGCCCCCGCCAUGUACGUCGCCAUCCAGGCCGUGCUGUCCCUGUACGCUUCCGGUCGUACCACAGGUAUCGUGCUCGACUCCGGAGAUGGUGUCACCCACACCGUGCCCAUCUACGAAGGUUACGCCCUGCCCCACGCUAUCCUGCGUCUUGACUUGGCCGGCCGUGACCUCACUGACUACCUGAUGAAGAUCCUGACCGAGCGAGGCUACAGCUUCACCACCACGGCUGAGCGUGAGAUCGUGCGCGACAUCAAGGAGAAGCUCUGCUACGUCGCCCUCGACUUCGAGCAGGAGAUGGCCACCGCUGCCUCCUCAUCCUCCCUGGAGAAGAGCUACGAGCUGCCCGACGGUCAGGUCAUCACCAUCGGCAACGAGCGCUUCAGGUGCCCUGAGUCCCUUUUCCAGCCUUCCUUCCUGGGUAUGGAGUCGGCCGGUAUCCACGAGACCACCUACAACUCCAUCAUGAAGUGCGACGUCGACAUCCGUAAGGACCUGUACGCCAACACCGUGCUGUCUGGCGGCACCACCAUGUUCCCUGGUAUUGCCGACAGGAUGCAGAAGGAGAUCACCUCCCUGGCCCCCAGCACCAUGAAGAUCAAGAUCAUUGCUCCCCCCGAGCGCAAAUACUCCGUCUGGAUCGGUGGCUCCAUCCUGGCCUCCCUGUCCACCUUCCAGCAGAUGUGGAUCUCCAAGCAGGAAUACGACGAAUCUGGCCCCUCCAUCGUUCACCGCAAGUGCUUCUAAAUUUCGGGACACUCUUCCUAGCUCGACUUUUUACAAUCUGCUUAGGUCUCUCUCUCUUUUUCGAUCUUCACACAGGCCCUGCCUAUUAGUUCUUCUUUUGUUGCUCAUGCUCUCGCGGAACUCGGAAGACUGGGCGACGCUGACAGCGAACAACAAAGAAUAAAAUCGGCGUGGCUCAAAGAAAAUUUUUUUCCAACCAAACCACGAACCCUCUUCCAACGUGCAUUUGAGAGACUUUUAUCUUUUGUUUUCUUUGAUUUUUUUUUUUAAAGUCUGUCUGGUUUGAACGAAGUCUUAAAAAACGGACGAGCAGAGAGAGUAAAAAAGGAAGAAAGAACAAAAAGUCUCAAUCUCCAACGAACACUGUAGUUAACGAUUGAGCGAGGUUUCGAAGAAAGGGGCGGGGUCAUGCUGGUUGACAGCCAAUCGAGGUCGUUGUAACAGUCUUUCAGGACGAGGUUCUCUUUGUAAGCAUAAGAUUGUGGGGCGAUGUACAUCUCAGGUUGAACAUGUCGCAGAAAAAAAUUCUUCUCACCCGCGAGGCAUCAAGGCAACAACACCAAACUGCCAUUUGUUGCAACAUGUCUAAAAUACAAAUGUGAUAUAUAUUUUUGGUAUAUCACCGCCUUUCAAAUCUACCAUUUUUACUGUACAAAUAAAUGAAUUGUAGUUCUUCAUCCGGCGACAUUAAAGUUGAAAUGAACUUUUUAAA